CUUUCUCAAGACAAAAAAGGAAAUGAGUGGUCAGCGGGUCAACCUGGCGAAAUCGGCAGUUUGCUUUAGCAAGAACAUUGCUCUGCCUGACCAGGAAUUCCUGGCUGCUAUCUUGGGCGUUGGGGCGGUUGGGGUGCGUGAUAAAUAUUUGGGCCUCCCUACUUUAUUGGCGCGAUCGAAGAUGGAAACCUUUCGGUUUUUGGAGGAAAAGCUUUUAGAGAGGCUUCAGGGUUGGAAGCAACGGACCCUGUCUUGGGCAGCUAAAGAGACACUCAUUAAAUCUAUUGCCUUGGCACUACCGCUGCACGUGAUGUCCUGCUUUAAAUUACCUCUCUCGCUUUGUCGCCUUUUGGACAAACAUGUGGCUCGCUUCUGGUGGGGAGAUAAUGAGGGGCAUUCUCGGGUACGGUGGAUGGCUUGGAGGGAUUUGUGUCGGAGUAAGCAUGAGGGAGGGCUGGGGUUCCGUAGGUUUGAACAUUUCAACCAAGCCCUGCUCGCCAAAAUUGGGCGGCGCAUCAUUAUGGAGCCUAGCUCCCUACUGGCUCAAGUUUAUAAGGGUAAAUACUUCCCCUCAGGGCAUUUUCUCUCUGCGAAGGCUCGGUCUCGGCCGUCUUGGGGGUGGCAGAGCAUCUUGUAUGGGCGAGAUUUGUUAGAGAUGGGUCUCAGGUGGCAAAUUGGGAAUGGCCGUUCGGCAUCUCUGCUCCGAUCCCCAUGGAUUCCCCAGAUGCAGCUGGACCCCCCUCGGUACAAUCCUUUAGUGCUGCCAGAAGGGGGUGAUCCUGUAGUGGCCGAGGUGAUUUGCCGGGGGGGGGGGGGGUGGUGUGAUUCCAAACUCAGUCAAUGGUUUGACCCUCUUACGUGCCGCCACAUUAAGACCAUUCCUUUGCCGCGUCAGAACCAGGAGGACAGGUUGAUAUGGCAUAAUACCCGGGAUGGGGUGUUUUCGGUAAAAUCGGCCUAUCAUCUGGCUGUCUCUCUCGAUAGGAGGAAAGGUCGGUGGAAGUCGUCAGUGAGUUGGAUGGAUAAGACCAGUUGGAUCCGGUUGUGGGACGCCAAUCUUCCCCCUAAGCUCAAAGUUUUUAUAUGGCAGAUUCUGAACCGGAUCCUCCCCACUACGGAGGCCCUCAUUGAGAAAAGAGUCCCUGUUCAUCCUCGGUGCCCGGUCUGUUGGGGUGACCAGGAAACCAUGGAACAUUUGUUCCUUGAUUGUCCAGUGGCACGAGCGCUUUGGGGAUACUCAGGGCUGGAAUAUUUAGGUGAGGGGUUGCCUCGGCAGACGUUCCCUGUGUUCCUGAAGAAGUUAAUGGCCUUAGUCUCGGAACCCAAGCUGCUUAUGCGAGUUGUUGCCGUCUUAUGGCGAAUCUGGCGGUCUCGGAAUUGGGUGGUCUUUGAAGGUAAGCAGUAUGGGUUUCCGGCAUUAAUGCGUCAGCUAUCCCAGCAGGUUGAGGAAUGGGUGGGAUUACCGAGGGACGCAACCCAGCCUCGGCGUGAGGGAAUUGGUCAGUCGGGUCUGUUAAAUCCUGGUGCUGGGAUUGUGUGUCAAUGGGAUGGGGCUACUAGGAAGGGGUCUCACUCGGCGGGAGGAUGGGUUCUCUAUGAUAUGGCUGGGGCGGUUUUCCUGGCGAGUGGGAUCCAGUUCCCUGGGAUUGAUGAGCCUGCUGUGGUGGAACUGCUACUGCUCCGGGAGGCUAUCUUUUGGUGUCUGGCCCAUGGGUUCACAGAGGUAAGAUUUGAAGGGGAUGCUAAGAUGAUCAUUGAUAAAAUCAACAAGGCGGAGGCUAGGGAUAAUCAGCUGGGCGCGGUUCUGGAAGAAGUAAUACAUGCUGUUGGUUCUAGCCCGGGUUUCAGUGUACGAUUCAUUGGUCGGAGUAGUAAUAGGGCAGCCCAUUUGGUGGCUAGAAAGGCCCUCGCUUUGUGCCCGGCUAUGAUUCGUUUGUUUGACUUUUGUGCCUGGUUGUUGUCCAGGAUGUAACUAUUUUUUUGAAUCAAUAUAUGAUUAUCUUUUGUAAAAAAAAAAAAUAGACAAAUAAGGGACUAAACGAUCAAAUUAAGAUGGUUACAUAAGUUCAAAUUUUGUUGGAGACGCAGGUCCUUGGACAACUAUUAUAUACGUGGAUUAUUAGUUAUAUUUUAUGAAUGAAUGAAUUGGAUUAUUGUUU